AUGGCGGACGCUGAGCUUGAGGAGAUCAGAAGAGCCCGUCUGGCGCAGCUGCAACAGCAGGCCGGUGCACGAGGAAGUCCAGCUGGAGGAUCCGGUCAAGAUGAGCAGAGACACAAGGAGCUAACCCCGACACUCUCCAACAGACAAGCCGCCGAAGAACGUCGCGCCGCCAUCCUAAACCAGAUCCUCGAACCCGCCGCUGCCGACCGGCUCGGUCGAAUCCGCCUCGUCAAGGAAUCGCGCGCCACCGACGUCGAAAAUCGACUCAUCAUGCUCGCCCAGACCGGCCAGCUACGGCAGAAAGUCACCGAAGACCAGCUCAAGGAACUUCUGAAUGCGGUCGCGGAGAACCAGCGUGAAGAGGAACAGAAGAUUGUGAUUAAUCGUCGGAAGGGCGGUUGGGAUGAUGACGACGAUCUGUUGGAUUUGUGA